UCUUCAUCCAUGCUUAUCAAAAGAAUGCAAGUGAUCUUCUUGCGCUAGUGUGAGCUACUUGCUUCACCUCUUGCUUCACUUCUUUCUUCACACUAACUGCGCAUGCAUACUUUACUUGCUUCUGCAUCUGAUUCUUUAGUGUGACACAGGCUUAAGUAUUUCGCUCUCCAUCUCUGAUUAAUCUUUCAUUAUUUUAUACACUUUCAGCAAGAAUUAUAUGCUGUAAAACAGCACUUUAGAAGCUACAAAAAACAAAAAUCCCGCCUUGUCUUUCUCUUUACCUAAUUAGGAAUUUUAAGACGAGGGAGUGUUAUUUAAAAACUUUUUGGCGAUCACAUUAAACGUUGAAGCGUUUUAAUAAAAACACAUUGAGUUGUCAGUUGUUUAAAAAGGGUGGGAGCAUUAAAAUCGAAAAAACAAGAGUAAGAAAAUUAACAAAAAAAUAUGACUUGCAGUACCAGUCUUGUGUUAUUAAAUCAUCUCACCCUACUUCCAGCUGCAGCUGUAAUCGGUACCUUACAGCUCUACACGUAUUACCGAACUGGAAAGUUUACGCUGUUAUCGCCCUUUUCUUUUUUAGCAGACAAUGACAGAAAACGAACAUUGAUUAUAUUGACAUGGUGCGAUGGCUGAUACCUUUAUAGAUGUGCAAAUUGAUAAAGACAAUGUAAAAAUUUGGGAAGGACAUUGGGUGUUUGAUCCCAUUAGAAAUGUGUUAGCUGUGGUGGAGCUUGGUGUAAUCUUUUAUCCCAUCUUCAUAUGCCUUCAUUCUCGAUACGUAGUAUCAGCAGCAAUUAUCGGGCUUUUUUACACUUUGUUUAUAAAAAUUGCGUCUGCAGUUAGAAAGUUUGUUUGCGCUGAAUUGUUUUUAGAUACAGUCACUUUUUAUUUUAUUUUGCGAAACCUUCUCUGCUUACUUGGAAUUAUGGCAAAAUUUCUGCAACAAGUUACCGCUAAAAUCAAGAAACGUACUUUCGAAGAAAAAGAUGAAAAUAAACAUGUUUUAAAACAGUAUCAAUACAAAUACGUCCGAAAAUUAUUGAAUCACUCCCAAUUUGAAACCUCGUCGCCAAAGUUGUUUCAGAAAUACGUUUGGAAAAAUGAUCCAAAGUUUAAAUACUCUACGCUUGUUCUAGCUUCACUUACGAUCGUUUUAAUAAUUAUGUAUAAAAUAACUGUCGAAAUGUUUUACUUCAUACCUUUAAUUAUGGAUUUAGCAGGAGUAAUACGAGUUUCUUUGGUUGUAGGCUUACUUUUCAGCUUACUUACGUAUAUAACACAGAUAUUUUUCUUCCUAAAAACACAUGAAAAGGAUAUAAAAGAUGUAUACAAAAAAGGGGUGAAAACAGACAUCAACUUCAGCGAGAGCAUUAUCCUGCGACAUUAUUUAUACUUUCCGGGUUUAUUAGCUUCAUUUAUGACAUUUGGACUGAUAAUUUUUUUUCCUAACUUUAUUUAUGAUUAUUAUUGUUUCCGUUGAUUGUGAAAGUAUUCAAGUCGAAAACCAUUGAUUCAUCUUAUGGAUUUAUACGAAAUAUUAAAAUUUAUCAUAUCGUCCUUUAUUUUACCAUGUUUCACAAUCUACUUUUGGGUGUGUGCAUCUGUUUGUCUACAGUUUUACUAUCGACUGUCGUCAAUGUUCUCUGUUUGGGACGAAUUGAUCGAUUGAUGAUGAACCCAAAAUACUUUCAGUUUUUCUAUCGUGGAAAUUUAGCCUAUCUUUCGCUUUUAAAAGUCGAAGGAAAGCAUAAAAAUCCCGUCAUAAGAUGCUUCUGUGAGAUUCUGCUAACAGAUGCAGCCAUGCAUAAAACGUCCAGCAAGUCAUGGAACCAUGGACUUCAGUUCCUCCAAAAUACUCAAAAAUGGCAUUCACUCGUUGGCACCUUGCCUAUCAAAUGAUAAAAAACCCGUCACUAGUGGAAUAUAGAAGGAAGGUCUCUAUUACGCAUGAUAUUAAUAUUUCUAAAUAUAUUUAAAAAAAUAUUUAGGACAACAGAACGCCUUAAAGAAGUCGAUGCUUGGAAUUUGGUAUUAGAGUUUUAAUGAACACGCAAUUUUGAGUGACUUUACAAACAAUCUAUUUAUAAACUUUUCACGUGAUCGAUAUUCGCGUAGCUACUUGGAUAGCUGACUUUGUAAUAUGUAAAGAAGUACACGCACAUUCAACUAGAAUUGGACUUGUGUAUUUUUUUACAUCUCUGAGUGUUAUUAAUUUUGCAAACGACGUUUACAACAUGUUAAACUUAACUAUUUUACCCUUACGCGACCUAUACAAACUAUUUUUUUAGUAUGUACAAAAUAUUCAGUGUUAAGUAUUCACUUAAGGGAUGACAUUGAGGUACCACGUGCUUGCAUUAUAAAACUCU